AUUUAUCGUAAGCUUUUAUUUAUAUAUUAUUACAAUUUGUGUAAGACGCAGUUCUUAGGUUAAAUUAAAAAAAAAUAUUAUGAUACAUUUAAAAGUUUUGAUUUUUCUGUGUUUUUUCGUGUUGACUUUACAGGACACUGUAAAAGUCACCCUCUAUUAUGAGUCCCUAUGUCCAUACAGUAAAGAAUUUAUCACGGAACAAUUAGCACCAGCAUACUCCGUCUUGGGGGAUUCCCUGGAUAUCGAGUUAAUUCCAUUCGGAAAAGCAAAAAUAUCAAACAAUAAGGGAAAACGAAAAAUGAUUUGCCAACAUGGACCCAAGGAAUGUUUUGGUAAUAAAAUGCAGGCAUGCGUUAUUGACCAAAAUUUUACACAAAAGCAGGAAAUUGCAUUAGUUAAUUGUAUCAUGGAUAAUGAUCCGGAAGUAAAGGAAAAUGUUCAGGCAUGCUGCAAGAAAUACGACAUCCCUUGGAGACCGAUAAAACGUUGUAUAAAAGGAGACCGAGGUGAUAGGUUGUUAAACGAAUUUGGAAGUAUAACAGAUAAAUUGGAACCAAAAUUAACACACGUUCCUACCAUAACCAUUAAUAACGUGUAUAAUACAACUAUAGACGAGGAUUCCAGGAGCAGCCUGUUAAAAACUGUUUGCAACUUUUUUGUAGAAAAACCCACUGGCUGUUAAAAAUUGUGAAAUAUUUUUUAUUAUUUUGUAACGCGUUUUUAAUAAAGAUAUUUUUGUAUUCGUCGGCUUUGAAACAGUAAUA